GAGAUGCUUGAUUUAAAAACACAAUCAAGGGUUCUCAAUUUUUUUCCAAUCCCAGUUGAGGAAGAGUGUCUAGCUUCAGAUAAACGACGACGUGGGAUAUGCAUGAAUACGUAUCAAUGUCGUAUUCAAAACGGAAAAUCAUAUGGACCGUGCGCUCUUGGAUUUGGUGUUUGUUGUAUAUUUACGGCAAGUUGCGAUCAAGAGGUGCAGAAUAAUUUGACCUACGUGACCAGUCCUGGUUUCCCGAACCUCAUCGACCGACCCAUGAACUGCUCGGUAGUCGUCCAGAAGAUCGAUAGGCAGGUCAGCCAAUUGAGGAUCGACUUCUUACACUUUAACAUAGGUCAACCCAACGUAAGAACUGGUAUCUGUGACGAGGAUAUUAUGGAAAUUAGGAAUGGUAAUAAGUCGUCUUUGAGAUUGUGUGGUUGGAAUAGCGGGCAGCACAUAUAUUUAGAUGUAAACGAGGCCGACGAACCCGUGACCCUUGAUUUUAAGCUACCAAAUGGACUUCAUUCGCGAAUGUGGGAAAUGAGAGUGAUCCAAUUGGGUUUUGAGGAUCGUGCACCAGCUGGUUGUCUUCAAUAUUUUAGUUCACCAAAUGGUACCCUUAGAACAUUGAAUUAUCUACCAAAUGGUAGAUUUCUAGCGAAUCAGGAUUAUCUGAUUUGCGUGCGUCAAGAAAAAGAAAUGUGUGGGAUAUCUUACUCUCCUUGUUCGAAAGAUUCAUUUCGAAUAGGAGCACCAAGAUUACGAUCACAGCAAAUUGUAACGAGUGCUAAGGUUAUUGUUCUCGGAAGAAAUUCUACUAACAAUUUUACAAAUGUCAGUGAUAACGUUAACGGUAAUUCUACGGGCACUGAACAAACGGAUCUUUUAACGGAAGGAUCUGGAAGUGGUCCGGAUGAAGAAGAAACUGUUACAGCUUUAACAGUAUUAACUAGAAGAUGCAGAGACAAAGUUCUUAUACCUUGUGAUUUCGAGGAAUUUAUCACGCCUGGCAACAACGGUGUUGGAAUUUGUAAUCUCGAACAUUGCGGUGAUUCGUUGUGUGAUAGAAACGAGCUAGACAACGAUGGAAAUUGUCGUGUCGAGACUUGGGCAACGCCCUUUCGUAUAAGGGUUGCGUUUGGUCCUGGAGAAGAUACAGGGACCACACUGGAGGACAAUAUUGGCAUGUGUCUUACGUACGAACAGUUACGUUGUGUACUUUGAACGAUUAAACGAUAUGAUCUAGUGUAAAAAGUGCGAUAGUAAAAAGAAAGUAUACGUGUGUGUUGUCAAAUGAAAUCAAAAGAAAAUGAGAAUUAGGAGAAGAAGAGAGGGAUUACAUUUGAAAGAAUUUAAGAGAAGGAUCAACAUUUUUCAUAAUAGACGUGACGUGUCAGAGAGUCAAAUAGUAUUUUUUAUUUACAAACAAACUAGCUUAAAUCGUAAACGCAGCGCGCAACUCUCGGUACAAUAAUAGAUAUAUUAUUAUUAUUAUAGAUAUAUAUAUUAUAUUUAUAUAUAAUUCGCCUUUUUUUUGUCAUUU